AUGCAGCUUGUCCGCGUGGCUUGGGCUCUGGCGGGAGCAGCUGUUGGAUGUUUCCUUGUCUUUCUGAUCCACGCACACUUUCUCAAAGAAGGUCAGCUGGCAGCAGGAACGUGUGAAAUCGUCACCUUGGACCGGGACAGCAGUCAGCCUCGGAGGACUAUUGCUCGGCAGACGGCGAGGUGUGCCUGUAAGAAGGGCCAGAUUGCGGGCACCACAAGAGCCAGACCGGCGUGUGUGGACACUCGCAUUGUGAGGAGCCGACAGUGGUGUGAAAUGAUGCCGUGUUUGGAUGACGAAGGCUGUGACUUGUUAGGAAACAGAUCGGGCUGGACUUGUACACAACCUGGAGGAAGAGUCAAAACAACGACGUGGCUUGAAACGCCACCCAAGCCCGUUCUUCUGGAGCUUGUGUGGACCACAGGACAUAUCCAAACUGGGCUUCAUAUUGAGCAGUACUCUCCCACUGAACUGAGAGGUCCUCUCCCACUGAACUGA